GUGGGGAGGUUUAGUACCCGGUCCUACCACCCCCCCUCCCUCCCCUAAUGCUCUAGCACGGCGAAGCAGUCCCCGAGGGACAUGCCCGCAUCGGGUCCCCCCAAGGGGGGCCACUCCAGCGGUGACACUUCGUUCACCUUCCCCAGCGCUGGCGAAACUGGUUGAGUAGUUUCGCCGCCUGGUAAGAGCUGGGGUCGGCGUUGAAGAGGCGCCGGGCAGCCGUGUGGGCUAAAAGUUUGAGGAAGACCGGCACUUCCGUGCAAGGGCAGCCGUAUGUCUCGACAGCAAGCGGGAAGAAGCCGACGUAUUCUGCCCUGUGGCGGUACAUGUCGAUCUUCUUGUCCGCCUGCUCCCUGGCCAUGUAACCGCGUCCCUUGCGGGCGAGGGGGUCCCUGGAGCUGACUGGGUCCGUGACUGUGACGUCGCAGAUCCAGACCGCCCCUGAGUCCCGGUCCCGGAUGGCUAGGUCGGCUGUCUUGCCGUCGACCGGGUUGUAUAGGGCUGUUUCUUUCGAGACAAUGAGUUGUGCAUCUUGGCCCAUGCGAAUGCAUUCGUCCCGGAGGGCGUUGUGUGUAUCAGUGCGUCCGUGCCCCGUCCCGCAGCGGAAUAAGUGGUUGGGGAGCCGUGGGUCCGGGAUCUCGGUCUUCUUGGCACAAUUGCACACUUUUGGCGCGGGGAAAGGGAGGCCCAGGCGGAAGGCGAGGGCUAUGGCGAAGUGGGGAGGAGCCAGCCUGAGUGAUGGGAAGAGGGGGACUGCGAGGAGCCAGUCCCCUGCUCCGUACCCUGUGAGGGAGAGGAGCCGCUGCGUGUGACCGCUGAGGGGGUUUAGCUCCAUGUGCCUGGUCGAUUCUAGCUGCUCGGCGAACCGGGCAGCGUGGACCUCUAGGGCGAGGCGGUGCUGGAGCGGAGCUUCGGGUUCAGCGGCGUCGUGCGGGUCAGGUAGGAGACCCGACGAGAGACGCAGCGGUGGAGGAGGAGGCUGGCGGCCUGGGGGUCCAUGGCUGCCAGGGUUGGCAGUGGCUUGGCCAUUGCGGCCAGUGAUGUCGUCGGCGUAUGCCAGGCAGAGGACGCGGGGAAACGCUUGGGCGGUCUCUCGCAGGGCGGGAUGCAUGGCGGCGGCAAAGAGCAGAGGUCCCAUGGGGUCCCCUUGCCUGACGCCGCGGGCGCUGAGGAGGGGCUGGCUGUCAAAGCCCGCGUCCAAGAAAAGAGUGGAGGGGGCGCCGUAGGAGAGUUGCAUUCGCCCACUGCUAUUGGGCGGGUGCCCCCCUCUGGCUUCGGGAACGCUAGCAGGCGGCUAGCUGUGAGGAGCCCGGCUACCUCUGGAGUGGUGGAUCCUUUUAGGAGGAUUUGUGCUACCCCGUGCAGUUUGCUGGCGACUGAGGCGUUCGCGAGGGCUGCGUCGCGAAGGUGUUCGAAGCACAUGCCCGACGGUCCCGCGCCAACUCCGUUUUCGCUGCGGCUAAGUAACCGAACGAAAUCGGCCAGCGAGAUGGAGGGGAGUCGCUCAGACUCGUCGAGGGCAGGCCAGUCAAGGGACUCAGUCAGAGGGGGGGGGUGUUUGGAGGUCAGUGCGGCGAGGACCUCCGGCGUUGACUCGCUGACCGGGGUCGAGUCCAGUGCCAGGAGGGCACGCCGAAGGCUGCCACGACGGACGAGGCCCUCGGCGCGGGAUAUUUUGCCAAGGGUGUCUCCUGAGUGUCGUGGUACAGGUGGGUUGUGUAUCGCGUCAGCUGCUGCCAGGUACAGCGAUUCCCAUUCGCCGGCCAGGAACUGCUGCAGCCUCCGCUCUAUCGCUGGCCAAUCUGGGUGGCGCGGCGAAUUGAGGCGAAGGGUGAGUCGGGGUGUGAAGAGUAACAGGCGCCAGCCCGCGAGGCUAGAAGGGUUUUUUGCG